AUGUCGACAAGAAACUCGAAAGUAAAAGAAGAAAAAAAAAGCAACGCAUUUUUCCGAGAUGAAGUCAAUUCCGUUGUAACCACCAAAAGGGUGGAUUGGAAGACGAUAACUCCUCCACAAUGCGUGACAGUUACUAAUAUAGCGAAAACUCUCAGGGCCAAUUUCGAAGCUAAACAACAACUAAAGACCGAAGAAGAAGAAACACAGAGUAUAAACCCAAAGAUUCUGCUAGAAAGUGAAAGCAUUGCGACUGUUCGAAAAGAGAACCUGUUCAGUUCUGAGGUUACAGAGUCCGAGCAAGAUAUCAUUGAUAAACGGGUCGCUCUUCAACGACGUCACUAUGCGGAAUUUGAAAAACGAGAGUAUGAACGCAAAGCCAAAAAAAUUCGCGACAUAUUCGAAUUUUUAAUUGACGAUGAAAUUAAGGCUGCGCUAUCGGAUUGUGAGAACGACGAGGAAGAAGUCAUCGUUCGAAUGACACAACAUGGAUAUUUACAUCAGCUCCGAAAGAAGCUAUCAGAAAAACAAGGAAAGAUGUCUUCCAAACAAAUGAGUGAAGAACAAAAGGAAGCGUACGAACAGCUGUUAAAGAAACGUAAAGAAACUCUCAGAAAGACCUCGGGUUUAUCAAGUAAAAAUCAAUAUCACCGCAUGAAAGGCCGUCUCACACUCGAUGAAGCUCUGAAACAAGUGCAGGAUAAUAACAAAGAUCUGGAAAAGGCUUUUGAGGGAUGGUCCGAAGCUCGCAUUAAAGCAUACAAAGCAAUUGAAACGAAACCGAAUACUUACUAUUAUCGAUUCAAUGCACCAGGAGAAGAGCAAAAGAAAGGGCCAUGGACAGAUGAGGAAGAAAAACUCUUUUUUCAGAGGCUUGAAGAAGUAGGAGCAGAUGGCCAAUGGGGUCUCUUCUCGAUGGCCAUACCCGGACGCGUCGGAUAUCAAUGCUCAAACUUCUACCGUCUACUUAUCGAAACUGGGCGAAUUACCGAUCCCAAUUACGUGCUUGAUCCAAAAGGCAAAGCACACUAUCUGUUUAGCACCAAAAACAAACAAACUGGUGUGACAGAGAAAACUUUUCGAACUCAUGUGAAACAUGGAAGUAGGAAUGCACGCGCAAGUGGUGGGUUGUCGAGCUCUAGUUCGGGUUCGAGGUCAGUGCUUGUUCGGCGGAAACGUAGAAGAACUCGGCUGACUAGUGACGAUGAUGAGGAUGAAGACUUUGAUUGUGACGAUUCGGGUAGUUACACUUUAAAGUCGUGGAACACCUCUAAGAGGACCAAGACAAGAGCAUCUUCUAGUAAAGAGGAGAGUGGGGAGGAAAUAGAUCCUUUUAUGCAGCAAAGAAAUGAGAAUCCUCUACCAGGAUUUACAGAUCCGAUCACUUUGGAUGAAGUGGUCAAGCCAGCAAUGUCGCCUUACGGACAUGUGAUGAGUUACGACAGCUGGGUUCGAUGCCUUUCGUCCGAACCGACGAAGAAUAUUUGUCCGUUGACUAAAAGACCUCUGACAAAGCGAGAACUUAUUAUCUUGACUGUAGACAAUAUCGAUCAGUAUAGGUCAGCAUCACAUGUCUGUAAAGCAUUGUUGAACUCGGUCGAGUUGCAGGCUUACAUCGCUCCCAACAGCUUUCACAUCACAUCCCAAGACUUACCGAGGUUUUGCGCUGGGACCUAG